AUGAAUAGAGCAACCAAAACAUCAACAACAGGAGGCUCAAAAAGACUUAAUACCUCCUCUCAAAGUCCAACAGGAAUUUGCAAAAAAGGAAUAAAAAAUAUGGAAACUCAAACAAUUGAUGAGCUGAUCACUCAACUAACAGCGGCGGAGACAGGCCUUAGUACUCUGAGUGAAUUAGGUAGGAAGAUUGAAAGAGAAAUGGAGAAGACAAGAGAAAGAAAAGAAAUGGAAGAUAUAAAAAGAGAAGAAGUAAGGAAGAUGACGAAACCACUGGCGGAUAGAUCUCUAAAGGACAGCGAAAUGAUGACCGCCACAAUAGUAAGAAAGCUGGAAUCAGUCGAAGAAAACAUAACAACGGGAAAAAUAGGAGAAAGGCUAGGAAAAAGAAAGGGUACGGGAGAAAAGGAAACAAGAACGGAAAAUAAUAGCGAACUAAAACAACAAAUAAGAGAAACGGGAAAAGAAAUAACAUCCGAAAUAACAAAAACUAUAGACACAGUUCUAACAGAAUGCAUGCAAGACCUGCAUAACGCCAUUACCUACGGAGGAGCUGCACCAGAAAAAGAAAUAAUAUCAAGUAGAAUAAACAAAGGUAAGGAACAUGUAGCAAAACAAAAAGAAAUAACAAACCUACAGGAGGUCGCAAAACAGCAAAAUGCAGCGGUAACUAAUAGGUAUGCAGAAGUCACUAAAGGAAGAAAUCAUCAGAUACCAAAAACAUUACAUUCGAUCCUGGUUACAUCUAACGAUAAAAUGGACACAGCGGAAGAAAUAAUAAAUAAAACCAAGAAAAUACUAAAACCGGAAGAAACGAAUAUACAAAUAGAAAGGAUAAGAAAAGUAAAGGACCAGAGAAUUAUAAUAAGCUGUAAGAACGAACAGGAAACCAACAUAAUAAAAGAAAAAAUUGAGGCAAGCGAGGACUUAAGUGCGGAAAAAGUCAAAAAUAAAGACCCACUCGUCAUAAUAAAGGAUAUUAAAUUUAAGAUGACCGACAAAGACAUAAGGAGCGCACUGAAAAAUCAAAAUCCGGACAUUUACAUAGGAGAAAAACAGGAGGAAGAAGAGAUAAAAAUCAAAUAUAGACGCAAGACUAGGGAUACGGAAAGGUGCCACGUUAUCGCACAAUGUACAAGGUGCCUAAAUUUCGGCCAUGGGAAAAAAUUUUGUCCGGACAGUGUGGACAGAUGUAGUCACUGCGGGGGACUACACCUGCGGGCAGAGUGCCCAGACAAGAAAGCAGGAGUUCCUCCGCAGUACUGCAGCUGUGCACACGCAGAAUUACAGAACACCGAACAUAACGCCUUUAGCGCUAGUUGUAGUAUACGGGAGAAAUGGGACAGCCUCGCCCGCUCCACAACGGCUUAUGAAUGAGGCAAAAAAUGGACAAACCAAAAUACAACACAAAAACAAAAAGAACACACACAAAUACACAAACAAAACAACAAACAAAACAACAAACAAAAAACACACAUGCAAACAAAAACAACACAAACACAAAACAAUGGUUCACUCGGAAAUGAUGAACAUUCCUAAUGAACUAUUGAACAAAAACAACACAUAGACCGAAACAUCGUGAAGAUGGAAAAAUCUAUGAUAACACAAAUAAACACAGAAUAUAUAAAUGUAUACAUGAAAUAACUACAGGAUACGACUGAACUAGAAAUAAAAUAAACAAGAAAAGAAAUAGGAACACCAUAUAUAUUUAAGAAUAUAUAAAAGUGACCAAAAAUAAAAGAAUAAUAUAAACCAAUAGUAAAAAUAGGAAUAGGACAUAUAAACAUAAAUACAAACAAAAAUAAAACAAAAUGGAACAUGACUUAAUAUAGAGUAAAAACACAAAAUUAGAAAAAGAAAUAGGAACACUACAUAUGUUGUAGAAUAUAUUAAAGUGACCUUAAAUAAAGAAUAACAAAAUAAAUAAGAAAUCUAGAAAUAGGAAAUAAAUAAAAUUAAAUGGGACAAAUUGAAAACUGGAAAUGAGGAAUAAAAUAAAUAAGAGGACAAAAUAGAUAAAUAGAACCAUAAGGGAAAUGUAUAUAUAAUAUAUAUAGAGUAAAAUGUACUAGAAUAGAAUAGAUAAGUAGAAAUAAUAAAAAUGUAAUAAGAAAUCAAAUAAAAAAAGAAAAUGUAAUUGGAACAGGUCAUAAAUAAGAAAUAAAUAUGUAUAAUAGAAUAAGAAAUUUAUAAUAGAAAAAGAUAAGAUAAUGUUUAAACAUAGAACAACAAUGUACUAGAAUAAGUGAAAUAAAAAGAAUAGAAUAAAUAAGUAGAAAUGGUGAAAAAUGUAAAGUAUAAAUAAAUAAAAGAAAAUGUAACCAGGACAGGACAUGAAAAGAAAUAAAAUGUAAUAUAGUGUAAGAUGUAACCAAAUGGAAAUAAAUAAAAAAUUGCGUAUGUUGUUAAACCCCAAUAAAUAAAUAGAAAUAAGAAAAAUAAAGAAGAGUAAAAUAGAAUAGUAUAGGACCGGCAAUCCCAGCCGAAAGAAUGAAAGAGGAUGGAAAAAAGAAAGAUAAAGUAUGAGGAACCAAUGAAGGUAAAAGCG